UCUACCUUCCCAGCUCCCCAACCAAAAAUAAAUAAAUAAAUAAAGACAUUUCUGUUUCUGGAGACAAGAUGGAAGAUUUUAAGUUUUUUUCCCGAACUUGAUCAUUUUUCUCUAUUUUUACCUCCCAGCCAACCAACUAGCCAACCCGGCUAUCAAAUUAAACCAAUCGCUUGUUUUUCAUUGCCUAUUUUGGCCUCUUCGGAUCCGUGGAAAUAAAAAGGGGGAUAGGGCUGCUGACAACAACAAAAUAAGUCAGGUUACACAUUUACAAACAAAUAGAAAAGGCCAUUUUUUUCUGCUCAGCUGUUUUCCGCUGCCAAACAUUUUUUUACUCUUAAUAACUUUGUUUAUAAAAAGCUAUAAAAAUAACCCACCCACUUUCAUUUCUUUACUCUUUUCCACUACUCUUUUUGUUUUGUUUACUGUAUUCUAUUAUUCCAUCGAUCUUAUUUUUGAUAUUCUCCUAUUAAUAUUAUCCAUAACCAUGCUUCUGCAGCAACACAAAGAGCGGCAGAAAACGCUGCAUUCUCUAUUUUCGCCGGAGCUACGUGCGAUCCGAAUGUCCUUUCUCAAGAGCAUUUGGCAAAUGGUCCUAGUCUUCACAUGCGUCUUCUGGAUCUCCAUCAGUUUCCUUUACGGCACUGGCUACGACCCCUCCCGGCACAUGAAAGCCGGCACAGUGGUAUUCCGCAAUCUCGACGAUUCGGAGAUUUCACGCACACUCAGCAGCACGUUCAUCAAGCAGUUUGACAUACCCACGAUGCCAAAACUCUUUGAUUACACGCAACGCAGUGAGCUCGCGACUAAGGAGGAAAUCCGGAAGGCCGUGUGGGAUGGUGACUUUUGGAUCGGCGUGGUGAUUAACGAGGGGUUCGGCCAGAACCUUACGAGGGCUACGAGGGCGGGAAGGAUCAGACAUUACUUUAAGGUGGCGGCAGUGACCAAGGCUGUGACCGGCGCGCUGGCGGCGCUGGAAGCACCGUUUGCCCAGCUUGUCUUCCAAAACGCCAUAAAGCAGUCGGGCACAUCUGCGGCCACCAUUCUGGAGCGCGCGAACCCGCAGGCGCUGGUUUUGCCGUUCAGCAAUACAGUGGUCAAUAUAGCCCCGUAUCACUUUGACCUCUCUAUGUAUAUUCUGACAGUCAGCAUGUCCCUGUGCAUGGUCACCGGGGCGUUUGUGCCGUCGAAUAUGUGGAAGACCAUCGAGGAGCCGUUUUUCAAGCAACUUCGGAUUCCACAGAUCAUCGCGCUGCGUUUUGUCAUCAACAUGAUCUCCGCAGUAGUCAUCACCAUGCAAGUCAUUGGGAUUAUCUUUGUGUUCUCCGGCCCAACCUGGGAUCCGAACGCCAAGGAUUUUUUUGCCCUGUACGGGCUGAUUCUGCUAAAUACUCUGUGCUUUACGUUCUUCAUCGAGUGCAUGCAGAGCCUGGUGCAUCCGCGGUUCCUUCUUGGUGGGUACUUUAUCACUUUGAUGGUCAAUAUUGGUGCUGGAUUGUUCGGUGCCGAGAUGAACAACAGGUUUUUCCGGAUUAUCUUUGCAUUUCCAUUCUUUAACACUGGUAUCUCCAUCCGCACGCUGCUCACAGACGGGUCGUACAAGAGGUGGCACUACACCAUUACGGUCAACGUCGUGAUUGCAUUCAUGUGGUGGGUGAUUUCGUUGUUUUUGAUUGCGCGCAAGGCAAGGCUGGUCAGAGCUGGCAAGAUGCUUAUGUCGAAUAUUGCGCCUGUCCCUGGAACUGUUGUUCAGCACGAUGGUGAUGAGCAUGGCGAUGAUGCACAGGGCAAGGAGGGUGUCGCUCGGGAACUCAAGUCGCUGUCGCCGUCGCAGGCUUCGACAGCUACCAGCGCAAGCGCAUCGUCAGCCGAUCUGUCGGUGGCUGAGAAUAACACGACGUAUAACCGUCGACGUGGCGAGCCCACGUCGGACAUUGAGAUCGAGGACAUGUAGUUUUGAUUUUUUUCUUGUUGAAUUCUGUUGAUUUUGAAUUAAAGUUUCAUAUGAAAUAUUAA